GUUUAGCUUGGUUAGGUUCAGUUUGGUAUUUGUCCCCUCCCCACCUGGAAGCUGCGCUGGUCAAUGGAUGGGUGAAUCGACAUGCGCAAGCUUGCAUAGGCGGAAGGUUUUGGGGUUCAGCGGUGAAUAUUAUCGCAAGACAGGCCGGCGAAAUUCCCCAUAGUUGGCCCAUCCCCCCCUCCCAAGCUGCAGGAGUUACACUAGUGAAACGUAAAUCCCCGCAACAGGGAUCAACUGUCAUUCGCUAGUGUCGCAUCCGACAUCAAGUAGGGUUCUUCGCUACCCUGCUUCGCUACUAAUUUUCGCUCUGGACGAAUGCGGUAUAGCCAGGCGGAGCUUCACGGUUUGCUGCAUAACGCUGAAGUGAUAGGUAGAGGUGCGUUCGGCACAGUUUACAAGUGCAGCGAUGGCUUAAGGGACUACGCAGUUAAGCUAACUAGCGAUGAGCGCAGCUACCAGCGCGAGGUUACAGCGCUUGGCACGCUGCAUCACAGAAACAUCGUGUCCCUUCACGGGCAUGGCCACUACAGCGCCGGGGAGCACGCGCUGGUGUAUGAGUUCUGUGUUGAGGGAAGCCUGGGCUCGGCUAUCCGCGACCGGCGCCUGACGCCGAGCAUGGGAUUGGAAAUCCUGAAAGGCGCAGCGAGUGCGUUGGCGUGUGCCCAUGCGCGCGGCUACUUGCACGGCGACCUGAAGCCGGGAAACAUACUGCUAGACAAAAAUUUCAGUCCAAAGGUCGGAGACUGGGGCUUGUCUGCCCACCGGCACGUUGCACCGGCCCGUGGUGACCCGCGCUUCCGUGAUGGCCGGCCUGAGUACACCGCCGAAUCCGACGUUUUCAGCUUCGGGGCGGUGCUGCAGCUGGUCCGCUGGAACUGCGGCCUCUCAAGCCGCCUCAAGGUGUUAGAGCAGGCUUGCUUGCAUCCAGACCCCCGCCACCGGCCUAACAUGGCUUCUGUGGUGCGGACACUUCAGGAACUUCAGGGCCACCAGGGCCACCAGGGCCACCAGGGCCACCAGGGCCACCAGGGCCUCCAGGGCCGCCAGGGCCGCCAGGGCGGAAACGGCCAGCAGGCCAGGCCAGCGCCCAUGGCAGGGCCGCCUGUGAUGCCGCAUAUGAUGCCGCGCAUGAUGUCGCCUGUGAUGUCGCCUAUGAUGGGGCCUAUGGGGCUGCAUAUGGUGGGGCCUAUGGGGCCGGCCUGCAUGUUUUGAAACACCUGACGGAAAAGGGCAGCAUGACGUAUCCCGCAGCAUGCAGAUGUGCAAAAGUUGCAUGUCAUUUGUUGCAUGUCAUGUGUUGCACAACAGAUGGGUCUUUGCUUGCACCGUGGGCAUGGCGCGUAGUGGAUGAGGGCAAAGAAGAAUCAUUUUGAGAUAAGCAAGGACCCGAUGCUGUGAUGUACCUCCUGUUGGUGCCGUUGGUGCCAUUUUAGUGUAGCGCGUGAAGUGUGACGUCCAGUCAAUCUUAGUGCCAGCACCGCAGCUAGCAAUGCAGGAUUCCAGCUUCACAGACAAUUCCAUAACCUGCCGCCGGGGCCGGCGUCGCCUCGAGAGGCGGCCGACCGGUUUGCGGCGGCGGUGGCCCUUCUCCCCGCUGGCUGCUGGGCUGCCGCCGCGCGUGCCGCCCAGCUGGCUCGGGGGCGUGCCGCCGCGCUGCCGCUCCCGGCGGCCCGACAUCGUGAGUGCUACGGCGGGGUCGGUGCAACAGGUGGUGCGGGGGCUUGGCUGGUUGCGGGGGGCCGCCCAUCCUGCUCACUGCCUACACGGUGAAGGCGGGGACCGUGCUACAAAUGGCUCCACAGUAGCCGCCCUGAAGGCUAAGCAUUUGCAAUGUGUGUGCGACGCGGGUGUGUCGGGGGAGGAGGCUGCCCUGGCGGCGGGGGCCUUCGUGUGCACCGUGGCCCACUUGUGGUCGCUGAAAUGGGAGAAUCAUCAUAAGGAAGCACUGUGGCGUGUGGCCGCCAACGCUUGCUGGGCGUUUCCACGGCAUGCUAGCGAGCGUGCGCGCGGCGUUGCUGUUGACCCGUGUUGGGCGUGUGGGGUUGACAUGCAGGAUGGGGACCGGCGUCACUGGUUUUGGGACUGGUUGCGCUGUCCCUGCGGGAAAACAUGGGGAUGGCUAUGGGUUUCAUGCCAGAGGAUGCUCUAAGUGCCUUCUCUCGUGAGGAGUUGUGGUUAGUGCGCCCGCCUGCGGGGCUCGCGCCAACUGUGUGGGAUGUGGUGUGUCUCGCUGCUAUGUCUGCCCUGGACUUUGGUCGGCAGCGUAUGGUUAUGGCCGGGCUGGCGGCGCGAGCGAAGCUGCCGUCGGCCUGGGUGCUGAGCAUUGGACUUGCCGUCGUCGCUGACUUCUGGGGUCGUCUCCAGACGUUUGUGACUUUGGGUAUCAGGCCAAAGGGUUGGGACACUGUGCCGUCUGCGCAUUAUUUCAUCAUCUUGUGCUGUUGGUGAAGGCAUGGUAUUGCGCUUGCCGUAUGACGCUGAUUCCCCGCCUCCCUCGCCGUGAGAGGUUGUGGGUGGUUGGUGGCUUUGUGUGUGGGCAGGACGCACGUGUGGGCGACCGUUCUAGUGCCUGGACGCUUGCGCCCUGGUUAGUGCGUGCGCUGUGCGUGUGUGCUGCGGCCUGGGCGAUUCCCGGCACUCCUGUGCCUAGGCUUGUGGCGUUGAGGCACAGCGGUGGGGCUCUGGCGGGUUGAGGCUUGGCUAGGACUCACUGUGCGCGGAGUCACACGGACAUUGGCCGCGGGAGUGUUUGCAGCAAAGUCGGGGUUGGUGGAGUCCAGUUGGGCCCUGAUAGCAUGUGAUGGCUCGGCGUCUUCGGGUGCUGGGACUGUCCCCUCUGUAACAUCCGCAUUCAUAACCUGGGGCGCCGCGCAGCUGCCGCCCGACCUCAGCGGCGGCGCACUGGGAGGAACCCUUGUUUCGUUGGGCUCGGGCACAUAAAUGCCCCCUACAACUUCACAUCUUAUUAAGAAAUCAUGAAUGUAAACCCCCAUCUGC